AUGGAAACUGCAUCUCAAGAAUCAACCAAUACUUUAACAUCAGCAGCUACAAUAACAGAUGAUAAUGUAACCGGUUCAUUUUUACCAAAUUAUGGCUUUCCAGCACCUAUGAAUCUUCAUUUGGUUGAUAAACCUUUUAAAAAUCCACGUUAUAAAACACCAAAAAAACUAAAAAAUCUUAAGCAAAUAUUAGCAGCUGAAAGGAACCAAAAUAUUCCUUUGAAUGUUCCAACUUAUUCUAAUAUAGAAGCACCACCUUCAAUAUUUCCACAAAAGAAAUAUUGCGAUUUAACAGGAUUAGAAGCAAAAUAUACAGAUCCAAAGACUCGACUUCGAUAUUAUUCAGUUGAAGUUUACAAAGAAAUAAAACAAUUAGCUCCUGGUGUUGUUCAAGAAUAUUUAGGAUUGAGAAAUGCUGCUGUUGUCUUAAGAUAA